CAGGCGUGCACAGGUCCGGAGUCCGCAGAGGGGUCUGAAGAGGGCUGGAGGUCUGAAGAGGGCUAGAGGUCUGAAGAGGGCUAGAGGUCUGAAGAGUUCGAUGACUCGGAGUUCUGUCGGAUUUCUAGGUUUCAAACGUUUUUCUUGCACCUCCUGAGGACCAGAUCAGAGACCAGAACGGAGACCAGAACGGAGACCAGAACGGAGACCAGAUCGGAGACCAGCAGCAUGUGGGCGCUCCAGCUGUUGGUGCUGCUCGUCCUGCAGGCGUUCACCUCCGCUCAGGAUGGGGGGGCCUCGGGGAGAUGGGCUCAGGAUGAUGUCAGCCUUCCGGAGUUCAGUGACGUGUGCACAGAGGGCAGCUGUUACCCGGCAACAGGAGACCUUCUAAUUGGCCGAGCCCACCAACUGUCAUCCACUUCCACCUGUGGAAGGAACCGCCCCGAACCGUUCUGCAUCGUCAGCCACCUGCAGGAGGAGAAGAAGUGCUUCAUGUGUGACUCUGCUUCGCCCUACGACGUGCUGACCAGUCCGACCAGCGGCCAUCGCAUCGAGAACGUCGUCACCACAUUCGCUCCCAACCGACUGAAGACCUGGUGGCAGUCUGAGAACGGUCUGGAGAACGUCACUCUACAGCUGGACCUGGAUGCCGAGUUUCACUUCACACAUCUCAUUAUGACAUUCAAGACAUUUCGACCUGCUGCCAUGGUGAUCGAGCGCUCAGCUGACUUCGGGAAAACGUGGCAGCUUUAUCGUUAUUUCGCCUACGACUGUGAGGCCUCCUUCCCCUCUGUUUCCCAGGGACCAAUGCAGAAGGUCGAUGACGUCAUCUGUGACUCGCGUUACUCCGACAUCGAGCCAUCCACUGAAGGAGAGGUGAUUUUCAGAGUUUUGAACCCAGUGUUCCGGAUCGAUGAUCCCUACAGCCCCAGAAUCCAGAACAUGUUGAAGAUCACCAACCUGCGGGUGAAGUUCACCAGACUGCACACUCUCGGCGAUAACUUGCUGGACUCUCGUAUGGAGAUUAAAGAGAAGUAUUACUACGCCAUCUUUGACAUGGUGGUCCGAGGGAACUGCUUCUGCUAUGGACACGCUGAGUGUGCCCCCAUCCACCAAGCCGGCCAGAGCACUGAGGGCAUGGUUCACGGUCAUUGCAUGUGUAACCACAACACUAAAGGUCUGAACUGUGAGAAGUGUCACGAGUUCUACCACGACUUGCCGUGGAGACCCGCCGAGGGCCGCGACACCAACGCCUGCCAGAAGUGUAACUGUAACCAGCACUCGUCCUCGUGUCACUUCGACAUGACCGUGUUCGUGGCUUCGGGGAACACCAGCGGAGGAGUCUGUGACGGCUGCCGGCACCACACGGCCGGACCCCGCUGUGAGCGCUGCCGCCCGGCCUACUACCAGCACCCCGAGAGGGACGCCAGAGACCCCGAGGUCUGCCAACCCUGUGACUGCGAGGCCCGGGGCUCCCUGAGCGGGGGGGCCUGUGACUGGACCACGGACCUGAGCACCGGCCUGGUGGCCGGGCAGUGCCGCUGCAAGGAGAACGUGGAGGGGGAGCGGUGUGACCGCUGCAGGCCGGGGCACCACGGCAUGGGGGAGGGGCCAGAGGGCUGCAAGGUGUGUUCCUGCAGUUCCGUGGGAACACUUCCUGGAGGAAAUCCCUGCGACAGUGAAACGGGAAGCUGCUUCUGUAAACGUCUGGUGACGGGACGAGGCUGUGACCAGUGUGUGGCUGAACACUGGGGUCUCAGUAAUGAUAUGGAUGGCUGCAGACCAUGUGACUGUGACCUUGGAGGAGCCGUCAACAACCAGUGUGACCAGGUGAGUGGUCAGUGCAUCUGCAGAAGUCACAUGUUCGGCCGACGCUGCGAUCAGGUGGAGUCUGGAUUCUACUUCAUCGCUCUGGAUCACUACACCUAUGAGGCAGAGGACGCCACGUUUGGACCCGGAGUGAUGGUGGUCCCAAGACCCCACCCUCUGGAUCGCAGUCCCACAUGGACAGGUAUUGGCCUGGUCAAUGUCCCAGAGGGGGCCUUCCUGGAGUUCUCUGUGGACAACAUCCCCCACUCCAUGGAAUAUGACAUCCUGAUCCGCUACGAGCCUCAGCUGCCUGACCAAUGGGAGGAGGUUCUGAUGACGGUGAUGAGGCCAGGACCAAUCAGAGCCGACAGUCGCUGUGUCAACACCGUGCCAGACGACGACCACCAGAUGAUCUCUCUCCAUCCCGGCUCACGGUAA